UUUUAAUCUCUUUUCUAGGUUGUGAAGUUGGAACGAACAUUACUAAAAGGAUCGGCAAGUGAGAAGUACUGAAUUCCUGGGGCGGAUCCUACCUGGAGCAAAGUCCUAGAAAGAUGGACAAGGAAGAAGAGAGUACGCGGGAGAUCCUUCUCCCUGAUUGGCAAGACAGUUCGCAUAGUAUUACCAUCAAAGAGACGGAUGAAGGAGUCUUCGUCAAGCAGAUCCAACAGGACUCGGCAGUUGCCAAGACAGGCAUUGUACAGGAAGGAGACCAGAUUGUGAGCGCCACCAUCUAUUUUGACAACGUGCACUCAGGGGAGGUCUCGGAGCUCCUUAAAAAUGUGGGUCAUCACACGGUGGGCCUGCGGCUACAAAGGAAAGGAGACCGCUCCCCGUUGCCAGGGCAGUCUGGUUCCUAUGAUGUGUUUCCUCCAAGGAGCCCAGAAGUUGUUUUGAGUGGAGAUGAUGAAGAGUACCAGCGGAUUUACACCACGAAAAUUAAACCUCGCCUUAAACCAGAAGAUGGCAUAGAGGUCGAGCAUGCAGGAACUCAAAGCAGGACCAUCACAGUCACCAAAAGAGUCACAGCUUACACUGUUGAUGUUAGCGGCCAUGAAGGUGCCAAAGAGAUUGACAUCAGCAGUCCUGAGUUUAAGAUCAAAAUUCCUAAACAUGAACUUACCCAGAUUUCUAAUGUUGGAAUUGAAUCAGAGCCGGGGAAAACUGUCAUCAAGAUCCCACACAUGGAUUCACCUGGGAGAACCAGCUAUGGAAAAACCUCCCACAAAGGAGGGAAAUUUUAUGACGUGACAUAUUCUGGACCAACUAUUGACUUGCCUUCCCGAAAAUUCGAGGCAGGUGUUCCUGAUACCCUUGUGGGGAAAACUGAUGUCCAAGUCUCCAACAUCAAGGGUAUAGGUUUGAGAGGUCAGACAGACUUCAGCAGCCCUGAAGUCAAUGGGAAAACAGGGGACCGACUGCAAUUUGAUAUCAAAGGUCCUAAAAUUAAAGGGGAAUUGGGAGGGUUGCAAGGCGCAGGGGUAAAAGUUCAUGCCUCAGGCAUUGAAGGCAAGAUGACAAGUCCAGGUCUCGGUGAUGAAAGCAAAGGAUAUGUUACAUUCCCUGCAAUGAAAAUGCCCAAAUUUGGAAUAUCAUCUCCAAGUGCUGACAUUGAAGUUCCUCAACUGGAUGUAACAGCUCCAUCUGUGACAAUCAAAGGCCCAGGAGGAUUUCCAGAAUCAAAGCUGGAUAUAGGUGCAAAAGGACUGGAUUUGAAAGGUGGGGUGAAAUCAAAGAUGGAUUUGGGGGCUCCAGACAUUGGAUUUGAAGAGAGCGAUGACAAAUUUAAAAUACCCCACAUGGAUAGUCCUAAAUUUUCUGUUUUAGGCCCCGCAGCAGAUAUCAAUGUUCCAAAAGGAGGGAUUGAAAUUAGUGGACAGACACCCAAAAUAUCUAUGUCAGAUAUUGACUUGAAUCUUAAAAGUCCCAAAGGAAAAGGAGGUAUACAUAUUUCAGGGCCAAAGAUGGAAGGGGACUUGAAAGGACCUAGUAUGAAUGUUGAGGGCACCAGUGUUGACCUUGGUGGACCAUUCAAAGGUACAAGUAUCUCCAUGCCCUCUAUGAAAACUACCCCAGUCAUAGUUACUGGGCCAGACGUUGACUUGAAUCUAAAAGGGACAUCAUUAAAGGGUGAUGUGGACAUUUCUGUGCCCAAACUGGAAGGCGACCUGAAGGGCCCGCAGAUAGACCUCAAAGGCCCUAAAGUGGACAUUGCAGCUCCUGGCAUUGGCAUCAAAGGUACCUCUGGUCAACUGAAAGGGCCUCAUAUCAAAACUCCACAAAUCUCCAUUCCAGACAUUGACCUAAAUUUGAAAGGCCCCAAAGUCAAGGGGGACAUGGGUGUUUCCAUACCCAGAAUGGAAGGAGAACUGAAGGGCCCAGCUGUGGACAUCAAGGCUCCGAAAGUAGACAUUGUUGCACCAGAUGUUGACCUCCAUGGCCCUGGACUCAAAAUGCCCAAACUGAAAAUGCCCAAAUUUGGCGUGCCCAGUGUUAAAGGUGAAGUUCCUGAUGUGGACAUCAGCCUUCCCCAGGGCAGCCUUGACAUCUCAGGUCCUAAAGUAGAUAUUGCAGCCCCAAGAUUGGAUAUUGAAGCACCAAAGAUUUCAGUUCCAGAUUUCGACCUGAGCCUGAAAGGGCCACCAUUAAAGGGUGAUGUGGAUGUUUCUGUGCCCAAAGUAGAAGGCAGCUUGAAGGGCCCACAGAUAGACCUCAAAGGCCCCAAAGUGGACAUUGCAGCUCCUGGCAUCGGCAUCAAAGGUCCUUCAGGUCAACUGAAAGGGCCUCAUAUCAAAACUCCACAAAUUUCCAUUCCAGACAUUGACCUAAAUUUGAAAGGUCCCAAAAUCAAGGGGGACAUGGGUGUUUCCAUACCCAGAAUGGAAGGAGAACUGAAGGGCCCAGCUGUGGACAUCAAGGCUCCGAAAGUAGACAUUGUUGCACCAGAUGUUGACCUCCAUGGCCCUGGACUCAAAAUGCCCAAACUGAAAAUGCCCAAAUUUGGCAUGCCCGGCUUCAAAGGGGAAGGUCCAGAUGGGGAUGCAAGCCUUCCUAAAGGAGAUCUUGAUCUUUCUGGUCCAAAAGUGGAACUUGAAGGACCAAGUUUGGACAUUGAAGGCCCAGAAGGAAAAGUGAAAGGGCCCAAAUUUAAGAUGCCUGAAAUGCACUUCAAGACCCCAAAGAUCUCAAUGCCCGACAUUGAUCUGAACCUCAAAGGUCCAAAACUGAAGGGUGAUGUUGAUGUGUCUGUUCCCAAACUGGAAGGUCCAGAUGUGGAUAUCAGAGGUCCCAAAUUGGACAUUGAUGCACCCGAUGUAGAAUUUGAAGGUCCUGAAGGGAAGUGGAAAAGUCCCAAGUUUAAGAUGCCCGAAAUGAACAUCAAAGCUCCCAAAAUCUCUAUGCCAGACUUUGAUUUGAACCUCAAAGGUCCAAAAGUGAAAGGAGAUGUGGAUGUCUCAGUACCAAGUUUGGAAGGUGAUCUGAAGGGCCCUGACAUUGAUAUCAAAGGGCCCAAACUAGACAUGGAUGUUCCAGAUGUUGAUCUUGAAGGCCCAGAAGGGAAGUGGAAAUUUAAGAUGCCUGAAAUGAACAUCAAAGCUCCCAAAAUCUCCAUGCCAGACUUUGACUUGAAUCUGAAAGGACCGAAAGUGAAAGGAGAUGUGGAUGUUUCAUUGCCAAAGGUUGAAGCCCCUGAUGUGGACAUCAAAGCCCCCAAAGUGGACAUUGACAUGCCCAAUGUUGACGUGCAUGGUCCAGAGGGCAAAAUCAAGCUGCCCAAAUUUAAAAUGCCCAGGUUUGGGGUUCCUGGAUUUAAAGGAGAAGGUCCUUCAGUGGAUGUGACCAUACCCAAGGGAGAAAUGGAUAUAUCUGGUCCCAAACUAGAUAUUGAAACACCUGAUCUGGAAAUCGAACCCCCAGAAGGAAAACUGAAAGGCCCCAAAGUGAAGAUGCCGGAAAUGCAUUUUAACGUCCCCAAAAUCUCAAUCCCAGAUAUUGAUUUGAAUUUAAAAGGCCCAAAACUCAAAGGAGAUGUAGGAGGUGACCUUAAAGGACCUGAAAUUGCAUUGAAAGGACCUGAUGUUGAACUGGAGGCACCAAAAGUAGACAUUGAAGCAAAACCAAAGAAAUCAAGAUUUAAACUUCCCAAGUUCAAUUUUUCUGGCCCCAAACUUCACACACCUGAAGUUGACGUGAAGGUUAAGAAACCAGAUGUUGAUAUCUCCGGACCAAAAGUGGGUGUUCAGAGUCCGGAGGUGGAUAUCCAAGGAAAAGGAAAAGGUCCUAAAUUUAAAAUGCCGUCAUUGAAUAUUUCCUCCCCUAAGGUCUUUAUGCCAGAUGUGGAAUUAAAUUUGAAAGGGUCUAAAUUAAAAGGAGACCUGAAUGUUUCUGUGCCAAGCUUGGAAGGAGAUUUGAAAGCCCCUGAAAUUGAUGUCAAAGGCCCCAAGAUGGAAGUCGGUACACCAGAAGUUGAUCUUCAUGGCCCUGAAGGCAAACUCAAAAUGCCGAAGUUUAAGAUGCCCAAAUUUGGAACCCCAGGCAUCAAAGCAGAAGCUCCUGAUGUGGACGUAACCCUUCCCAAAGCUGACCUUGACCUGUCGGGCCCCAAAGUGGACAUUGAAACUCCUGACCUAGAAGGGCCAGAGGGGAAGCUGAAAGGUCCAAGGAUUAAGAUGCCGGAAAUGCACUUCAAAACACCGAAAAUCUCAAUGCCAGACAUAGACCUGAAUCUGAAAGGCCCAAAAUUGAAGGGAGACAUUGAUGUCUCUGUGCCAAAAUUGGAAGGUGACUUGAAGGGCCCUGAUGUGGAUAUCAAAGGUCCAAAAGUAGAUGUUGACCUUCCAGAUGUUGAUCUUGAAGGCCCAGAAGGAAAAGUGAAAGGGCCCAGGUUCAAGAUGCCUGACUUACAUUUUAAAACACCUAAAAUCUCUGCACCAGAUUUUGAUUUGAAUUUGAAAGGCCACAAAAUCAAAGGUGAUAUUGAUAUGAAAGCUCCCACACUGGAAGGUGACUUGAAGGGUCCAGAAAUAGACAUCAAAGGCCCCAAAGUGGACAUUGAUAUACCAGAGGUGGACAUUGAAGGCCCAGAAGGAAAAGUGAAAGGGCCCAAAUUUAAGAUGCCCGACAUGCAUUUUAAGGCUCCCAAAAUUUCCAUGCCAGAUUUUGACUUAAACCUGAAAGGACCCAAAUUAAAAGGAGAUGCAGAUGUGACCUUACCAACAUUGGAAGGUGAUCUAAAGGGACCUGACAUUGACAUCAAAGGGCCCAAGGUAGACAUCGACGUUCCAGAUGUUGAUCUUGAAGGACCUGAAGGGAAGUGGAAAGGACCCAAAUUUAAGAUGCCGGACAUGAACAUCAAAGCACCUAAAAUCUCAAUGCCAGAUGUGGAUUUCAACAUGAAGGGACCUAAACUAAAGGGAGAUUUGGAUGUCUCAGGCCCAGGACUGCAAGGAGACCUUAGAGGACCAGAAAUUGACAUCAAAGGUCCAAAGCUGGACGUUGAUGUCCCAGAUGUUGACCUACAUGGACCAGAAGGAAAGUUGAAGAUGCCCAAAUUCAAAAUGCCCAAAUUUGGUGUGCCCAGCUUGAAAGGCGAAAUUCCUGAUGUGGACAUUGGUGUUACUCAGGGCAGUCUUGAUUUCUCUGGCCCCAAAGUGGGCAUUGCUGCUCCUGACAUCGGCCUCAAAGGUCCUUCAGGUCAACUGAAAGGGCCUCAUAUAAAAACUCCACAAAUUCAUAUCAAAACUCCACAAAUCUCCAUUCCAGACAUUGACCUAAAUUUGAAAGGCCCCAAAGUCAAGGGGGACAUGGGUGUUUCCAUACCCAGAAUGGAAGGAGAACUGAAGGGCCCAGCUGUGGACAUCAAGGCUCCGAAAGUAGACCUUGCAGCACCAGAAGGUAAAAUUAAAGGUCCCAAAGUCAAGAUGCCAGAAACGCAUGUUAAAGGUCCUAAAAUCUCCAUGCCAGAAACUGAUUUCAAUCUAAAGGGGCCCAAACUCACAGGAGACAUUGAUGUUUCUAUUCCAAAAUUAGAAGGUGACAUAAAAGGUUCAGAAUUUGAUAUCAAAGGUCCAAAAUUAGAUAUUGAAGCUCCAGAUGUUGACCUACAUGGACCAGAAGGAAAGUUGAAAAUGCCCAAAUUCAAGAUGCCCAAAUUUGGAAUGCUCAGCUUUAAAGGGGAAGGUCCAGAUGUGGAUGUAAGCCUCCCUAAAGGAGAUCUUGAUCUUUCUGGUCCAAAGGUUGAACUUGAAGGACCAAGUUUGGACAUUGAAGGCCCAGAAGGAAAACUAAAAGGAUCCAAAUUUAAGAUGCCUGAGUUUAAUAUUCAUGCACCAAAGAUAUCAAUGCCAGAUGUUGAUUUGAAUCUAAAAGGGCCAAAAUGGAAAGGGAAUGCAGACAUUUCUGGACCAAAAAUAGAAGGUGAACUUAAGGGACCCCAGGUUGAUAUUGAAGGUCCUAAACUAGAUGUUGAUGUCCCUGAUUUAGAGCUGGAAGGGCCUGAAGGAAAAAUUAAAGGAUCCAAAUUCAAGAUGCCCAAGUUGAAUAUUAAAGCUCCCAAAAUCUCCAUGCCAGAUGUAGAUCUCAAAGUCCCCAAAAUGAAGGGUGAAAUGGAUGUAAUGGUUCCAAAACUAGAAGGAGAUUUGAAAGGACCCAAUCUUGCUGCACCAAAAUUGGAUAUAGAUCUCCCAGAUGUUGAACUCGAAGGCCCAGAAGCCAAGUUGAAGAUACCCAAGAUGAAGUUACCAAAAUUUGGAACACCUGGGUUGAAAGGAGAGGGUCCUGAUGUCAAUGUGAACCUUCCCAAAGGAGAUUUGGAUGUUUCAGGGCCAAAAAUAGAUAUCGAUAUGCCAAGUGUGGACAUUGAAGGCCCAGAAGGAAAACUGAAAGGUCCAAAGUUUAAAAUGCCUGAAAUGCAUUUCAAAACACCCCAAAUCUCCAUGCCAGAUGUUGACUUCAAUUUGAAAGGUCCAAAAGUGAAAGGUGAUAUGGAUGUUUCUAUUCCAACAUUAGAAGGAGAAUUCAAGGGACCCAGCAUUGAUAUCAAGAGGCCUACAGUAGAGCUAAGUGGUCCAGACGUUGAUCUCCAGAGUGAGGGGAAACUAAAAAUGCAAAAAUUGAAGAUGCCAAUUUUUACUGUUUCAGGCCCAAAAUUAGAAGGGCCUGAUGUAGACCUAAGCUUGCCAAAGGGAGAAAUUGACAUCUCAGGUCCAAAGAUAGACGUGGAAACUCCAGAAUUUGAUAUUGAAGGUCCUGAAGGAAAGCUGAAAGGUUCCAAAUUUAAGAUGCCAAAACUAAAUAUCAAAGCACCGAAGAUCUCCAUGCCUGAUGUAGAUUUGAACAUCAAAGGACCUGGAGCAAGAGGACAGAUGGAUGUAACGGUACCAAAUAUUGAAGGCAAUCUUGAAGGACCUCAGGUUGAUAUAAAGUCUCCUAAACUGGAUGUGGAAGCACCAGACAUUCACUUAGAAUGUCCAGAAGGAAAAGUGAAAGGGCCCAAAUUUAAGAUGCCUGAGAUGCACAUCAAAGCUCCAAAGAUCUCUAUGCCAGAUGUUGAUUUCAACCUGAAAGGUCCAAAGCUGACGGGAGAUGUGGAUGUGUCUGUUCCCAAGUUAGAAGGUGGCCUUAAAGGGCCAGAUGUAGAUAUCAAAGGUCCCAAAAUGGAUGUUGAUGCACCUAACAUUGAAAUUCAUGGACCAGAAGGAAAGUUGAAGAUGCCAAAAUUCAAAAUGCCAAAAUUUGGAAUGCACGGCUUCAAGGGAGAAGGUCCAGAUGUGGAUGUAAGCCUCCCUAAAGGAGAUCUUGAUCUUUCUGGUCCAAAAGUGGAACUUGAAGGACCAAGUUUGGACAUUGAAGGCCCAGAAGGAAAAGUGAAAGGGUCUAAAUUCAAGAUGCCUGAUAUGCACUUCAAGACCCCAAAGAUCUCUAUGCCAGAUGUUGAUUUCAAUCUGAAAGGUCCAAAGCUGAAGGGAGAUGUGGAUGUUUCUGUUCCAAAGCUAGAAAGUCCAGAUGGGGAUAUCAAAGGUCCCAAAUUGGAUAUUGAUGCACCAGAUGUAGAAAUUGAAGGUCCUGAAGGGAAGUGGAAAAGUCCCAAGUUUAAGAUGCCUGAAAUGCACAUCAAAGCUCCUAAGAUCUCAAUGCCCGACAUUGAUCUGAACCUCAAAGGUCCAAAACUGAAGGGAGAUGUUGAUGUUUCCGUUCCAAAGCUAGAAGGUCCAGAUGUGGAUAUCAAGGGUCCCAAAUUGGACAUUGAUGCACCCGAUGUAGAAUUUGAAGGUCCUGAAGGGAAGUGGAAAAGUCCCAAGUUUAAGAUGCCCGAAAUGCACAUCAAAGCUCCCAAAAUCUCCAUGCCAGACUUUGACUUGAACCUCAAAGGUCCAAAAGUGAAAGGAGAUGUAGAUGUCUCCGUACCAACCUUGGAAGGUGAUCUGAAGGGCCCCAACAUUGACAUCAAAGGGCCCAAUCUAGAUGUGGAUGUUCCAGAUGUUGAUCUUGAAGGCCCAGAAGGGAAGUGGAAAGGACCCAAAUUUAAAAUGCCAGAAAUGCAUUUUAAGACUCCUAAAAUGUCCAUGCCAGAUGUGGAUGUAAACCUAAAAGCUCCCAAACUGAAAGGAGACCUGAAUGUCUCAGUUCCAGAGGGUGAUUUGAAAGGCCCAGAAAUUGACAUCAAAGGUCCAAAGCUAGAUAUUGAUGCUCCAGAUGUCGACCUACAUGGUCCAGAAGGAAAACUCAAAAUGCCAAAGUUCAAGAUGCCCAAGUUUGGCAUCCCGAGCUUCAAAGGGGAAGGCCCAGAUGUGGAUGUAAGCCUCCCAAAAGCAGACCUUGAUAUUUCUGUCCCCAAAGUUGAACUGGAAGCACCAUGUAUGGACAUUCAAGGCCCAGAGGGAAAAGUGAAAGGGUCCAAAUUUAAGAUGCCUGAAAUGCACUUCAAGACCCCAAAGAUCUCAAUGCCCGAUAUUGAUCUGAACCUCAAAGGUCCAAAACUGAAGGGAGAUGUAGAUGUGUCUGUUCCCAAACUGGAAGGUGACCUAAAAGGGCCAGAUGUGGAUAUCAGAGGUCCCACACUGGACAUUGAUGCACCUGAUGUUGAACUUCAUGGACCAGAAGGAAAGUUGAAGAUGCCCAAAUUCAAGAUGCCCAAAUUCGGAAUGUCUGGCUUCAAAGGGGAAGGGCCAGAAAUAGACGUAAGCCUCCCCAAAGGAGAUCUUGAUCUUUCUGUCCCAAAAGUUGAACUUGAAGCUCCAUGUUUGGACAUUGAAGGCCCAGAAGGAAAAGUGAAAGGUCCCAAGUUUAAGAUGCCUGAGAUGCACUUCAAGACCCCAAAGAUCUCAAUGCCUGACAUUGAUCUGAAUCUCAAAGGUCCAAAACUGAAAGGAGAUGUGGAUGUUUCCGUUCCAAAGCUAGAAGGUCCAGAUGUGGAUAUCAAGGGUCCCAGAUUGGACAUUGAUGCACCAGAUGUAGAAAUUGAAGGUCCUGAAGGGAAGUGGAAAAGUCCCAAGUUUAAGAUGCCCGAAAUGAACAUCAAAGCUCCCAAAAUCUCCAUGCCAGACUUUGACUUGAACCUCAAAGGUCCAAAAGUGAAAGGAGAUGUGGAUGUUUCUGUCCCAAAGAUGGAAGGUGACCUGAGAGGUCCAGAAAUAGACAUUAACGUUCCUCAGAUAAAUCCUCCUGACAUUGAUAUUAGAGGACCUGAAGGCAAAAUGAAAGGCCCUAAAUUUCAGAUGCCUGAAUUUAACAUCAAGGCCCCCAAAAUGUCCAUGCCAGAUGUGGACUUCAACCUCAGAGGCCCUAAACUGAAAGGAGAUGUCAAUCUGGAAGUAUCUGCUCCCAACCUAGAUGCUGAUUUGAAGGGGCCAGAUCUUGAUAUCAAGGGCCCUCAACUGGAUGCCUCCAUACCUGAUGUGGAUUUGCAAUGUCCUGAGGGAAAACUCAAAGGUCCCAAGUUUAAGAUGCCCGAAAUGAACAUCAAAGCUCCCAAGAUCUCCAUGCCAGACUUUGAUUUGAACCUCAAAGGUCCCAGAAUGAAAGGAGAUGUGGAUAUUUCUGUGCCUACGUUGGAGGCUGACCUGAAGGCUCCUGACGUUGACAUCAGAGGUCCCAAAGUAGACAUCGAAGUUGGAGGUCCAGAAGGAAGUUGGAAAGGCCCCAAAAUUAAGAUGCCUGAAAUGCAGAUGAAAGGCCCUCAAAUCUCUAUGCCUGAUGUACAGCUUGGUCUGAAAGGCGAUGUCAGCGGACGAAAACUCGGAGGAGAUUUCAAAGGUCCUGAAAUUGACAUUGCGGCUCCCACUGUUGAUAUCCACGGUCCAGAUGGAAAAGUAAAAUUACCCAAGAUGAAGCUUCCUAAAUUUGGCAUCCCCGAGUUCAAAGGAGAAGGACCUCAGUUGGACGCCAACCUACCCGAAGGAGAGUUGAAAGUAUCUGGUGCCGAUGUGAAAAUCGCAGCUCCAGGUUUGGACAUCAAAGGACCAGAAGGACAAUGGAAGGGCCCUGGGGUGAAAAUGCCAGAAAUGCAUUUCAAAACCCCUCAGAUCUCCAUGCCAGAAAUUGACUUAAAUCUGAACAGUCACAAGGUGAAGGGGGAUGUGGAUGUCUCUGUUCCAGGAAUGGCCAUCCAAGGACCAGGAAUUGAAGCAAAAGGUCCAGAGAUUGACUUGGAAUGUCCGGAUGUGAAUGCCGAAGGGCCAGAGGGCAAUGUGAAACUCCCCAGAUUUAAGAUGCCAAAAUUUGGGUUUGGAGCAAAGAGCCCCAAGGCUGAGGUGAAGUCCCCCACUGUGGACGUGUCUCUUCCUGAAGCUGAGCUGAACAUCGAGUCGCCAGAUGUUGCCAUUUCUGCCAAAGGGAAGAAAAGCAAGUUCAAAAUGCCCAAAAUCCACAUGAGUGGAGGCAAAGUCAAAGGCAAGAAGGGUGGUUUUGAUGUGAGUGGAGAAAUAGACGCCAAUGUGAAAUCGCCAGAUUUGGAAGGAAGCCUCUCGGUCCCAGAAGCAUCCCUCAAAGCGGAUGCCAACAUCAAAUCCCCCAAGGGAAAGAAACCAGUAUUUGGAAAACUCUCGUUUCCUGAUGUUGAGUUUGAUAUCAAAUCACCCAUGUUCAAGGCUGAUGCUUCUAUGCCUAAGGUGGAAGGAGAGGUCAAGAUGCCGGGAAUAGAUGUGACGUCACCCAGUCUGAAGUCGCCCAGUCUUGAAGCUUCCAUUCCCAGUGGAAGCGUCAACAUUGGAGGUCCCAAUCUUAAGGGUCCUGAGUUCAAGCUCUCAGGUGAAAGCAUUGGCCUGACGGGUCCUAAAUUGGAAGGAGAUGUGAGAAUCCCCAGCGCUGAGGUCAACCUCGCCACUCCUGACAUCAACCUGAAAGGUCCAUCAGUCAACGUACCCUCCGUGGAUGUUUCCGCACCUUCCUUCUCUGCCCCAGGUGUCGAUGUUCAUUUGAAAGGACCAAAGCUGAAAGGUGAUGUCGAUCUCCCAAGUGCUGAGAUCCAAGGUCCAGGAGGGAAGCUGAAAUUCCCCAAGUUCAGCUUGCCAAAAUUUGGGAAGCCUGGAGUCAACCUGGAAGGGCCAGACGUCGACAUUCAAGGACAGUUGCCCUCUGCACACCUUGACGUCUCUUCCCCGGGAAUUGGAGGAGAGGCAAGCAUUCCUGAAAUGGACAUGAGCCUGAAAGGACCAAAGCUAGGGAAAGACCUGGGUUUUUCUGGUGAGAUUAAAGCUCCGAAGAUGGACGUGGGCAUGCCAGAUGUUGGUGUCAGUGGAUUUGAAGGGAAGUUUCAGAUGCAAAAGCCUUCGGGUCUAGACGUCCAUCUAACAGCUCCAGAUGUUGACAUGAGAGGGCCGAAAGUGAAGAUGACUUCGGAAGGAGGCCUCUCUGGACCUGAGGUGGACAUCAAUCUGAAAGGACCAAAGAUCAAAGGAGAUCUCGGCGUUUCUGGUAGCAUGACAUCCCCCCAAGUGGAAGGCUCUGGAGGCGGAGUUAAACUUCCCUGCAUGAAACUUCCGCAGUUUGCCAUCGCUGGUGAAGGGGGCGGCAUUUCAGGACCACAGAUCAAAGGACCUGAAGUUGACUUUGAUUUGAACAUGAAAGGACCAAGUUUGAAAGGAGACACCCAGUUUGCUACUGACUUGAAAGGUCAACACGGUGGACUGGAAAUGCCAGGCAUGAAGAUUUCUGGCCUGGACUUAGACACUGGGACCCCGGAUAUCUGCCUGAGAGGACCUUCCCUCAAUGUCUCAGGUCCAAAAGUUUCCGGGCCAGACUUUGAGGUCAAUCUGAAAGGGCCCAAGGCCAAAGCGCCGGAGAUACCCAUGCGCGCCAAAGGGACAGGGGACCUUCGCUUUUCUGGACCAAAGAUAGGGGGUGAUCUCAGCGAUCCCAAAUUAUGUCUCAAAGGUCCUUCUUUUGGGAUGGAGGCUCCACAAGGCCAUGUAGAAAGUUCAACUGGCAAGGUGUCCUUCCCUAAAAUGAAAAUCCCGAAAUUUGUGGUGGCAGGGCAGGAACCAGUGGGAAGGGAAGUCGGGGUCGAUGUCGAGUUUCCUCACCCACCCCAAGCAAGUCUCCACGUUGAGGCAGUAACAGUUGAGUUGGAAGAACCUGACCUGAAACUGAAGAAAUCUAAAAUCAAAAUGCCCAAGUUUGGCUUCUCCAAACCCAAAGCCAAAGGAAGUGUGGGCUCUCCAGAAAUCUCAACAUCUGGGGCCGGGGUUGAAGGAGAGCUCAAAGCAAGUUUAGGGUCCUUAGAAGGUGAGGUGGAAGUAGGGGAAGCAGCCGCGUCACCCAAAGGAAAAUUCUCCUUCUUUAAGACCAAAAAGUCCCGGCACCGGUCGUCCUCCUUUAGUGACGAGCACUCCUCGCACUCCACCCCGACCGGCACGCUGGAGCAUGAAGGAGACAAAAGCAAGCAUGCCAAGCUCAAAUUUGGCACAUUUGGCGGGAUCGGGUCAAAAAGCAAAGGGUCGUACGAGGUCACGGGAAGUGACGACGAGGCAGGGAGAACCCAAGGCAGCGGCGCCUCCCUCGAGUCCAAAAAAUCGCGGCUCUCUUCGUCCUCCAGUAACGAAAGCGGGACGAAAGCUGGCUUCCGAGUGCCGGUGGUGGAAUUGACGGUGGCGAAAAAGAAAGAGUAGUCCAGGAAAACGCAUAUGUACAUAACACCCCUUCCUGUACAUAAGGUCCCUCUCGCCCCAUCGCGCUCUCCUUCUCCCUCUGUAUAUAUAUAUAUAUAUAUUUUCCCUUCCGGCUUCAAAUACUUUGCAAUGAAACAGGUGAUCUACAGUGAAAUACUAGGGUUUUGAGAGCAAAGUGAUUCCUGUUUUACUGUGAAUAGGGGCAGGUUCCACUCAAAGAUUUCUAUCUUCCCGAGAUCUAAAUCAAUUCCAAACUGAUACAGCAGGGGGCAUUUGCGGUGGUCCAGGGCAGAAGGCAAACAAUUUUAAUGUAUCAUCGGCACGUUUUUUCACGGCGAGGCCACGACACGCAGCAUUAUAGAGCCUGCCAGAAAUUUCUGACCCUUUUGCUGGGGUCAUGAAUAUCUCCUAAAUUCUUCCCAAAGUGGUCUUUGGGGGAAUUGCACUGAGAAUAUCCGCCUUUCUUUCUUUUUUUAAAAAAAGAAAAUUUUUUUAAAAGAAAAACUUUUUUCAAAAAGUAGCAGCCAAUGCCUUAAAAAAAACCACGGCAGGGUCUUUCAGCUGUAUCAGUUUGAAUUCAAUCUAAAAUCCCCCCCCCACAGACACACAGAUCAGCAAAGGGGUGAAUUUUUUGCAGAUGGAGAAGUGACGGAUUUUGAAAAGCCUGGAUUAUGUGAUAUUUAAAGCUGUGCCUUAAGGAAGAUAGAUGUACAGUUUUUUUUUGAGGGGAGUAUUUUGGAUGAUUUUCUCUUUUGCUCGGGCAUAAGAUUGUGCUUCGUAUGCUACAAGAGCUUUAUGUUUACCUAAGCAAGCUUUGAUUGAGAUAUAUUAUAUAUAUAUUUCAAUUCACUGAGUAUCUUCAGUGUUGAUCCAUGAAAAUGUGUUCAUUUUAACUACUAGGGGUUUAUUUUAUUUUUGCUUUUACUUGCAGGGGGCUAAAAUGUUUUCUCCUUUAAAAUUAUGGAUUUAUGAAAAAGAAACACUGCACAUAUACAGAAGCAAGUAAGAGGUGUCAAAUUUGGGCCUUCUUUGCAACAAAAAAUGACUUUUUCAUUUGUUCGAUAAAAUGAUUAAACCAAUUGCAACCAAAUAUCCACAUGGAAUUUAUUUGUUGUCCAAAAAACGCUGUUGCAAAACAAUUCAACCCUUACGACGCCCUCUUUAUUGCUUCUGAAUAUUUCUUAUUUUUGUAAAAGAAGAGAGUCCUCUUAGCUGAGGAACAAAUAUUUUUGUCAUUAAUUCCUCCCGACAGAUGCAAAAUUGUUAUCUUUUUGUCAUUAACUGUACCUUGAUUAUAAAACAAAAGGAAUACAAAGAAAACUAUUUUUCAGCACUUUAAUGGCAAAUUAAUUGAGAAUGUAUGGAAACUGAUCUUGUAAAAUGCAAAUAAACUGUUUAUUAACCUUUUAA